CCAUCUUAUAAACUUCCGGUUUCUUUUCGAGGCGUGCGCGAAGCACGAAGUGCCCGUUCUUUUCCGAUUUGUCAAAAUGGGUAUCGACAUCAAUCAUAAACACGACCGCAAAGUGCGGCGAACAGAACCCAAGUCUCAGGAUGUCUACCUCCGACUUUUGGUUAAGCUGUACCGUUUCCUGGCAAGACGUACCAAUGCAAAAUUCAACAAGAUUAUCCUGAAACGUCUCUUCAUGAGUAAAAUUCACAGGCCACCAAUUUCGUUGGCACGUGUCGUGAGAUUCAUGAAGAAACCAACACGUGAGAAUUGCAUUGCUGUUGUUGUGGGUACAGUCACGGAUGAUGCCAGGAUUUUUGAGAUUCCAAAGUUGACUGUUUGUGCUCUCCGUGUGACUGAGAAAGCUCGCGGACGAAUCCUGAAGGCUGGGGGUGAGAUAAUUACAUUCGAUCAAUUGGCACUGAGAGCACCAACUGGAAACAAGACAGUCCUGAUGCAAGGACGUCGCAAGGCACGUGAGGCUGUCAAGCACUUUGGACCAGCUCCUGGUGUACCGCACUCCCAUACCAAACCCCUGGUUCGCUCCAAGGGAAGGAAAUUCGAAAGGGCCCGCGGCCGCAGGCGCAGCUGUGGUUACAAGAAGUAGACGAUUAUAUUCAUUCUGCCACGAUUUAUUUUUUCCUGCUAUCACUAUCCAAACUGAUGUUCUUUUGUACGUCGGAGAUGAAAGAAAUAAAUUGGGGUAAACGUAA